AUGGAGCCUUCUUCGGACAAGUUGAAACGAAAAACCAAAGCAUCAUCAUCUCAUGACACUUCAUCGAAACAUCAACAACAACAACAACACUCCACGAAUUAUCAACCUCUCGUAACUGACAAAGAUAUUGAACGAGCCAAUGAAUUACAACAACAAGAGCAAGCUCAAAAAUUAGAAUUAGCUAAAAAAGAACAAUUACAAAGAAAAGAAAGAAAUGAAUUUUUAUUUAAAAAAGCUAAAAAUCUCUUAAAGACGUAUGAAAAAUCCAAAUACUAUCAAAAAACAAUACAAAUUCAAAAAGAUGCACUCCAAAAAUAUAAAAGAAAAUCAAUCAUUGAUGAAAAGCCUCUUCCUAAAAGAGAGUUAGCCUAUUUCCAAUAUAAAAACAAACUCGCAAACAAACAAGAAGUAUCAAGAAAUAUUGUUUGGUCCGAUGUCGAUCGUGCCAAAGCAGAAGCCACACUCGCUCGUUCCGAUGUAUUAAGAAUUCAUUCUCAAGUAGAACGUGGUAUUGAAUUAGAUCCAGAGAAUGAUAUCUUUACAAAAACAAGUCAACUCUCUCAAAAUGAUUUAUUACAAGGUGUUGAUGAAAAUACUAGAAAGAAAAUUUAUGAUAUUGAAUUGACUCAAUAUUCACCUUAUCGAUUACAAUAUAGUCUCAGUGGUAGAAAAUUAUUAUUAGGUGGAGUGAAAGGACAUGUUGCUGCAUUGGAUUGGAGAAGAUUUGAAAUGACUCAUGAAAAUGUAUUGAAUGAACCUGUAAAGGCUGUACAAUGGUUGAUGGAUGAUGGAAUGUAUGCAUUGGCACAAUCACCUUAUACCUAUGUCUAUAAUGAACAAGGUGUUGAGAUUCACAUGUGUCGAGAUUUCAAUCGAGUGGAACAUUUAUCGUAUUUACCUUUUCAUUUUUUAUUAGUAGGAGGAAUGAGUCAUAAUGGUCAACAACAAGAAGGACAAAUUAUUUAUAAGGACAUUUCAUUAGGUGAAAAUGUUGCACAAAUUAAAUUAUCUUCACCCAUGACAUGUAUGGUUGCGAAUCCUUACAAUGCCAUCAUGUGUGUUGGUCAUUUGAAUGGAACACUCUCCAUGGUACAACCACGUGAUCGAGAUUAUAAACCUGUCGUGACCAUGUUCUGUCAUCAAGCAUCACCAUUGAAACAUGUGUGUAUUGAUCCAACAGGAAGAUAUAUGAUUACAUCAGCCUCUGAUGAUACAUGUAAGGUUUGGGACAUUCGAAAUACGUAUCAACCCAUUAUGAAUGUGAAUACACAAGACGAGCCCAUUAUGAAUGUGAAUACACAAGACGAGUAUCAGAGAUCUCUGUAUCCUUCUCAUUUAAGACCUAAAAGUGGUGAUCAUAUUACAUCCAUGGCCAUCUCUCAAACUGGAAUGUUAGCACUCUCUCUCAAACAUGGUAUUGCUAUUUAUAAGAAUUUCACUCAUAUUCAUGAACGUGAUAAGGAAUUGUAUUUAUUACACAAAUUACCUUCUCAUACGACUGUAUGUGAUUUAUCAUUUUGUCCCUACGAAGAUAUUCUUGGUGUUGGACAUUCACGUGGAUUCUCUUCACUACUCGUACCAGGAUCAGGAAGUACUAGUUUUGAUUCGAAAAUGCCCAAUCCCUAUUUUACAGACAAGCAAGUGAAAGAUUUUAAUGUGAGAACCUUAUUAGAAAAGAUACCACAUGAAAUGAUUUGUUUAGAUCCUUCAUUAAUUGGUACAAGUGGAUUUAAAGAAACUCAAAAAGGUUUAUUGAGUACAAAGGGUUCGAGUAGUCAUACCAAUAAUUCGAGUAGUAUUAGUAGUAGUAGUACUAGUAGUCAUAAUAAUAAUACCAAUCAUUCGAGUAGUACUAGUCAUAAUACUGCAAGUGAAGAAACAACAACACCACCACUACAACAUAUUCAACUCAGUGAUGAAUUGAAACAAGAAUUGAAUCGAGUUGGAUUGAGUACAUCCAAUGACAAGAGAAAACGAUUAACAACUUCCAAAGAUGAAUAUCGUCAAGAACUCUUUGACAAGUAUACUGAAAUGAAGAAUUCCAUACCUCAACAUUGGUACGAUGAAGGUGAAGAUGCAGAUGCAUUGGAUCGAUUUGCUUCUCUUAAAAAACGAAAGAUAAAAUUUGAUGAAAAGAAGAAACAUGAAUUAAGGAAACAACAACAAGAGACGGAACAACAGGAUCGAGUGAAACAAUUAAUGAAACAAUUGUUAGAGAAGGGAGAGGAAGAAGAAGAUACAGUGAGUGAAGAUGAGAAACCAUCAUCAUCAUCGAGUGACCAUCAUCCUCACGUUGUGAACAACAAUGACAUGAUCAAGUUGUCAGUUGAAGACAGUAGUGAUGAGGAAGAGGAACAACAACAACAACCCAAUGAUGAUGAUGAAAUAGGUGUCAGACAAUUGUCCAUCACUGCUGAAGAAGAUGACGAUACAACAAACCAACAAGACAAUGAUGAUGCAUUUGAAGAUGAUGACGACGAUGACGACGACGAAGGUGAAACUAUGAUGAAUGAAAUUGUUGACCCAUUUGCUUGA